CACUACUCUCCUUCGAGUCUAGGGGGGCAGUAGAGGGUUUUCAGUGUAUCUGCUCUUACAUCGCAAAGAAGAAAGAGAAAGUGUUGUUGGGUUAAACAAUAUUAAUGAGCUCCUCAAUGGAAACCCAGGUUCUGGCUAUAAAACUCUAAAUUCACUGUGUGCAGUAAAUCAAGAAUCAUCAAGCUGCUGAUACUGUAGUUAUUGCAGUAUGUUUUAGUCAGUCUCUGUAUCUCUGUUUUUACUUUAAUUUAUAAUGAAUCCAUCAAACAUCUUCGGUAGACAGCAAGGUGCCUUUCAGGUACCAAGCAGUGCCAACCAGAGUAGUGGCAUGUUUCAGUCAUUUAAUCAGCAGGGCAACACAAGCUCCCCAGCCCCAAAUAUAGGCUUCGGGCAGACAUCAGCAUUUGGCCAGCCUUCAGCUUUUGGCCAACAGUCAGUUUUUGGACAAACAUCUGGACAGGCAUCUGGUUUUGUCCAGACACCGUCAUUUGGCCAGACACCCUCUUUUGGUCAAAGUUCUGGGCUGGGACAGGCCUCACCGUUCACCUCCAUAGCUCAAGCACCAGCAUUUGGACAAACCUUAGGUCAGGGUACACUUGGAUUUGGAGUAUCUCCACCAUCUACUGGACAGAGUCAGCCUUCUGCUUUUGGUCAGGUUCCAGCAUUUGGUCAGACCUCCGCUUUUGGGCAAAGCUCUGCGUUUGGACAAAGCUCUGCAUUUGGGCAACUCACACCUGCGCCUGCAUUUGGUAUUUCUUCUGGUAACUCACAACAGUCCAGUACUUCUCUCAACACAGAAGGGUCUCAGCCCAGCUUUGGUCAGCCACCUGCCUAUCCUUUGGCCACUGCUACAUCAAGCUCUGCUGCCAAUAAUCAGAGCAAUGCACAGGUUGGCAGCUUUGGAACAAAGUUUAACUUUAAGCCACCAAAUGAAGCUAUCUUCAAACCUAUAUUUAGUGUCAGUCCUGAGCCUUCCAACCCUCUGCCUGCCACUGUUCAAGAGCCCUUGGGUUUAGCAAAGCCAGCUACAAGCUUAGACACCACUGGACCUGGUAGCUCUGUUUUUUCUCUUUUCAAAGGUGUAAAACCAAGCAUGGGCUUCAACUUCUCUAAGCCUGUGGCAGCCCCUUCUGUUUCAGUCACAAGUGCUAACAUUUCUCAGCCAGAGGCACUUGGUGGAAACUCUCUACAGUUUACAUUUUCUCAGCCUGCCAACCUUCCUAGCAGCAGCAGCAGCACCACCACCACCACUGCUACACAACCUACCGCUGUUCCAAGCAGUCCUUCCUCCUUCACCUUCUCAGCGAAGGUCCUUCAGCCCCAGACAGAAGCUAAGAAGCCUCAGUUUAGUAGCACAGCAUUUGGUCCGCCAAUCUUUGCACUAAAAGGUCCAACGCCUGGACAAAGCUCUGAGGGGAGAGUUGAAGAUGAGGAGAGUUCAGGGGAGACAGCUUUGAGUAGUCUUGGGAAAGGUAUUAAAAGGAAAGAAGAGUCUCUUGACCCGAGCACUAGCCAAGAGAAAGGUUUCAAGGUUGAUGAGGUCCACAGAGGAGCUGAAGCCCCAAGGCAUCCACCCAAGCGGCCCCUUCUAAGAAGCAGAGGCCCUGCAGGUGGCCUUUUUAAGAAUGCAUUGAGUGGUCUGCUAAAAACUUCACCCCAUGUGGCCAAGAAAGAAAAUCAUCCUAUUGACUGGGGCCAUGCGGAAAGGCCAGACCACCCUAUUCCUGAUGCUGAUGUACCAAUCACCCCACCUAGAGCUCCAGCACCCAUAAGACUCAUUCUGGAAAAGGAAGAAAAAACUGCUCCUGAGCCUGCAGCAGAAUCAAGCACCCCAGUACGGAGGGCUGGCCGUGGGGAGAGCACUGACAGCCUGGCUGGUCUUUCACCUUCUGAAGCCACUACCAUACAGUGCAAGGGAAUCCCAUCUAACUUCAACCGGAAAGACUUAAUUGAGAAACAUUUUGGUCGCUUUGGAAAAAUACGCAGAGUGUACUGCAAACCUGCAAAGAAUCUAGUAACCAUACAUUUCCAUGAGCAUGCUUCAGCUGCUAAGGCAAAAAAGAAGGGAAAAAAUUUCCAGGGCAGUGAAAUACAAAUCUUUUGGCAAAGAAAGAAGCAAAGUCCGAGUGAAAAAGUAACAAGGUUGGAUUCAGAGGUCAAGGAAGUUCAAAGUGCACAAGGAGAACCAAAGCCGUUGGUCACUCAGACCGCUCUACUGCGAAAACCCCUGCCCAGAUCUCCUGCCCCCAGCUCUGGCUCUCUGACACAAGGAUCUCCUGUAAAAAAAUCUGUUGUGCCAAAAACACUCCAGUUUGACAGUGAACCACAACAGGAUGUAGGCUCAGAGUGCCAGAGCAUUGAUCGACCAGUGAUCAGCCUACCCUCAUCCCUUCAGCCUCUGAUUGGUCAGCUGGCUGAGACCUCAGAGGAAAAGUAUCGUCUACUUGAGCAGAGAGACAAGAUCCUUCGACAAUCGAGACCCAAGCGAACAGAUCUGGACCUGUCCAAAGUGUUUGUGGGAACUUGUCCUGAUAUGUGCCCAGAGAAGGAGCGCUACAUGAGGGAAACCCGCAAUCAACUCAGUGUCUUUGAGCUUGUUCCAGAAACAGAAAAGGUGGAUCAUUUUGCUGCCAUUAAAGAGUACAGCAGAUCAUCAGCUGACCAGGAGGAGCCUCUCCCUCACGAACUGAGACCUCUGCCAGUGUUGAGUAUGACCAUGGACUAUCUUGUCACUCAAAUAAUGGACCAGGGGGAGGGAAACUACCGAGAUUGGUACGAUUUUGUGUGGAACAGAACCAGAGGAAUUCGUAAGGACAUUACCCAGCAGCACCUAUGUGAUCCAGACACUGUGGCUCUGAUCGAGAAAUGCACUCGCUUCCACAUCCACUGUGCCCACCACCUGUGCCAAGAACCUAUGAUGUCAUUUGAUACUAAGAUCAAUAAUGAGAACAUGACUAAAUGCCUACAAAGCCUGAAGGAGAUGUAUCAGGACCUGGCCACUAAGGAGGUGUACUGCCCUCAUGAGGCUGAGUUCCGCCAGUACAAUGUGCUACUCAAACUUAACGAAGGAGACAUGCUUCGUGAGGUGCAGCAGUUUCGUGAAGAGGUCCGGAACUCAGCGGAGGUGAAGUUUGCAGUACAAGCCUUUGCAGCACUCAAUAGCAACAACUUUGUGAGAUUCUUCAAGCUGGUAAAAGCGGCUUCGUAUCUGGCUAGCUGCAUUCUCCAUAGAUACUUCAACCAGAUGAGACGCUCUGCACUGAAGGCCCUCAAUAUCGCCUACACUGUGGGCUCUCAGCGAUCCACAGUCUUUCCUGUGGAGGAUCUUGCCCGAAUGCUUAUGUUCCGUAGUGCCGCAGAAGCCACCGAUUUUCUCCAGCUGUAUGGCCUUAAUGUUACUGAUGGCAUGGUUGAGCUGAGCCGUACAGCCUAUCAGGAGCCAGACUUGCCUAUACCUCAGAGGAAGUCUGUGGACAUUGAGAAGAAGAUGAAUGUUCUGAUUGGAGAGAUUGUGAACGGAGGACAACUUCCCAACCCACCGCAGCACCGUCCUGUCUGCAGCUUUGACUUGAACAACAAAUACAUAGGGGAAACAACCUAUCCCAUGCCAGUGGCAGUUCUUCCUCAACGACAGGAAGUGAAACCUCUUCUUGAGAUAGAACCAAGGCUGUUUGUAAGUCCCUCUGUACCAGUGGAGUUUACCCAGCCCAGUGACGCUGAGGAAACUGGUGAAUCUUCCCAAGCCACAGUACCAGAAUUCCCAGUGCACAAGGAAAUUACGUUCCAGCCAAUAGCACAGCCUCAGCCUGUCAGACCACCGUCACCUCCUCCAAAACCUGAACCUGCAUACACUGAUCAGGAUAUAAUGGUGGAAGUUGACUCUGUGGUGGAGGAAGUUCUGGAGACUGAAGUCUCAGCCUUAGCCAAAGCUGGUGCUGAAUAUGCCUCUAUAGCUCUGAGUGUGAGUGAAAGUGCGGUGGAGACUGUGGUCAGUGAGGUUGUUGCCCUCAUGCUAAGGGAUAUCUCUGCAUCGGAGAUCACUGCCGAGAAGGAGAGAAUUUCUGAGGAGAAACGCAGGCUGGAAGAAGCCAGACGAAGACGUGAACACAAGGCUUUUCUGGACAAGCUGAGUUCAGAGCUGUGUGUUGAAAUCUGUGAAGAGGUGCUUGCACAAUGCAGUGAGGAGGUGGCUGGUGCAGAGAUAAAGUUUGCGUUAGAGGAAAAGGCUGCAUUUCUUGCUCGUUGCUCAGAGGAAGUGUGUAGUAGCUUGGUUGUGGAGACACUGGAUGCAGAGAUUACUCAGCUGGCUAAAGAAGUUUUGAAUGCAGAGCUACGACAAAUACGCAAGUUUAUAAAGAGAUGGCGUGAUGUGGUAGCAGUGCGCAGACAGCUGAAGAGGCAGAUGCGUGGCUUCCCUGCAGCCCCCUGCUGUGUAGACCCUCGUUUUAAGCUGCAAGCUUUGGCUCCCAGUGCUCCGCCCACUCCUUCUGUGGAAUCUCUUGCUCAAGGCUAUGUCAACCUGGGUAACUCCGGGAACAUGGUUGUGUCCUGCACAAGAUUAUUUAAAACAAGAAAUGAUACUUUCCGCCAGAUGAGAGUGAACUUCUUCUAUAAUUUGUUAUUAAGUGAGCGUGUAUGGAGACCUCUUGACCUGCCCACACUGGUGGCUGAAAGCACUCCUAAUCCACCCAACAGAAUCUUCUGGAAAGCCACUCUUCUGCUUCCCAGUAAUGAGGAUACUGAUAUGAGCUUUGCCAACAGCACCCUGACAAAGUGGUUGGAGGUUAAGAUGGGUGGCGGAGAUAAGGAGGAGGAGGAUGGUAGCAUGGCAGAAGUAGAAGGAAAACUGGAAACUCUACUCAUCAGUAACAAUCUGAGAGAUGUUGGACAGAGGACCCACAAAGUUCACAUCUGUGUAAAAGUGAGCCGUGGGCCUCUGACAGAUGAGGGCCAGAGCCAGCUGGAGGAGCAGAAGGAGCUCCUGGGGACCAGUGCCCUGCUGAUGAUGCUUCCACUUCUUCCGAGCGCAGAUCAAUCUGAACUCAGGCAGGGCGAGGAAGAUGUGCCUUUAUUGGCUGCCCUUCUUCAGCUAAAGCAGGUGCAAGAGGCUAGCGGCUGGAACUCUCCGCUCCCCCUUGCUCUGAUCAUACCUGGGCAACCUGAGGGAGCCAUUUCUGAUGAGAAGUUAGAAGAAGUUCUUCAGCUGAAGACUCUAGUAAAUGAUGGGAUCAUCUCAGAGUACGUGUUUAUCCGUGUUGCGGGAAGCGUGAGUGACAUCCAGGGAUCGCAGCAGAUUGGUGAGGCAGUGCGCUGGCUGGUGGCUCACUCUCCAGCCUCUACAGUCCUUUCCUCUCAGCCUCUUGUGCAGUUUGUGGAAAGUGGGCUGUGCCGCGAGUUCCAUACCAGGUUCCACCGUGACAAGCAGGAGCGAAUGCAGGCAGGCCUUAUGUGCCAGGAUUCAACAGCAAUCAUCCAGCUUUAUAACAGCGUGCUGUGUUACCUAGCAGAUCUGGUUAGCUGUGAGCAGAUGAUUGGCAUAUCUUGGCCACCACCUGAGUUCUCUCUCCCUGAGAACAGAGACCUCGUGCCUCACCUGGACUGGAAUUCUCCACAGCACUUGGCCUGGCUAAAGAGGACUGUCCUGAGCCUGCAGAUUCCUGAGUGGGAUCAGCCCCCUAUAAAUGCUUCCUGGCCCCAUUUGUGCACAUCCAUAUUUCAUUAUGUAUCUCAGAUCCCGAGCUCUCCCCAAAGCCAACCCCUUCUCAUGUCUCGCCUGGAGCAUCUUCUAGCAAGAGUUCGAGCCCAGCACAUGCAGGAUGGCAGAGAAGAUGAAGAGGAUACUGAUGAAAAAGCUGGGCCUUCCUUCAGCCGCAUACCUUGGGAUGAUAUUCUAUUCCUCUGCAUAGAGCAUCGAAUGAAGGACUGGAGUUUACCAGAGAGUCCUGUUACAGAGGAUGCUUUCACCGACAGUGGGGAGAUUUUGGUGUACUAUAUCAAAAAACAGGUUAUGGACUUCAUGCCUCCAGAGAGUUGGGUGACUGCUGUGAAACUCACUCAUAAGCAGAAACAGAAGAACUUAAAUGGUUCAAAAGAGAGCUCUGUAGUGGCUUCAUCCCCGUCAGCACACUUUCCCCGCCAGAGGCUGUUUCAGAGUCGGAUAGAGCCAGAGGAAAGCCCCACUGCACUGGACAUCACACACAGCCUCUCCCCCCAGGAGCUGCUACCCCACCGCCUGCUUGCUAGCAUUCAGCAGGAGAAGGCUCAGAGCCAGAGAUUUGAGGAGCAGCUGCAGCGGUGGUUGGAAGUGGAUCCUCUGGAUUCUGUCUCUAUGCCUCUUUUUAUGCCGUCUACGCUGCUGUGUGUGCCUGAGAUUCUGACGCCCUCCCGCCGCCCUGCGGCUUCAGCUGCCUGCUUCAAAAAGGAUACUGAAUCCGAUGACUUUGCUGAAAAGGUUCCCUCAAGUUGUAGAAGAGAUACACCUGUAUCUCUAACACAGCGGCUAGAAGAGCUUGAUAGGCUGAUAAAAGCAAAUCGUGAAGAAGAGCUUGCAUGCAGUUUGAAACUAAAAGGCCUGUUGGAAAUCACAGAGAACUGAACAGCUCAGCUGAUCUUUAUUUUUGGUUGUUUGAUAAAUAGUUGGUCUUUAUUGGUUUGAGACAACUUUGUUUUAAUUUUUUUUACAUGUUACUUUAUCAAGUUGAUUGAAAAAUGAUUUUCUUGUUUUAGUUUUGUAGGUAUUGUAAAAGUGCAAACAGUUGGAUCCUUCUGGAACCUCUUUCCAGCUUUGAAUCUGUUUUAUUAUGUAAUGUACCUGGUAUGAGUUUGUUUGUUUGUGAUGCCAAGAUUACAGUUUUAGCACCUUUCUGGGCUUUUUUUGACUGUUUUGUUAAUGUGUGCAAUUGUGUGUAAAAUGCUUUAUUAUGGAAAGUUUAACAGUGUAACAGUAAAAGGUAUUUUUGGAAUGUAAUAAUCUGUACUCUAAAAUGUAUAUUUUCAAGAGACCAAUAAAACAUUGUUUUUA